AUGAACAUCAACGCACCUAGUCUCCAGUCUGAGCUGCUGCAGCCUCUCACUGAGUCCAUACGGAGCGGGUACAACGGUGCCUUGCUGAUCUGUGGAGCCUCCACUGAGACGACUCCACCCCUGACUGACCACAGCAUCGUCAGACAGGUGGAACCCAAACCAAAACAAAGCAAACUAAACGUUACCCUGCACCUCAAUGCCGUAUGCAGUUGCCUGUUCUCAGUGUCUGUGGAGUGGAAACUCAAUCCAGAGCAGGUGGAGUCGGAUGUCUGCAGAAGCAGAUUGCAGCUGUUCAGUCUGGCGGGAGGAGCCAGCAGGACUGACCUCAGAGGGGUCAGUCCACUGGUGAGGGUUCUGGAGCAGAUGCCAAAUUCUGCAGCAGUCAGCGACAACCUCCUCUCUUUUCUCCUGAAAGAUGCCUUAACAGGAAAUAAUAGAACAUCCCUCGUGUACUGCAUUAAGCCUCAAGGUCUUCUCGAUGAUGAGACACCUUCUGCCUUAGACUUGGCCCAGAAACUGAGACGAUUGGUUACUAAACCCAGCAUCAGUCGCUGGAGUCCAAAGGCAACUGAGCGAGAGAUUCGUGAAAGGAUCAUGGAUCUGCAAAAUGGGAUAAUGUCACAGGGGGAGAGUGGAGUUAACAAAAUCUACAAAUUAGCCGAGCUGACUCAGAACCUUCAGAUUGUGAAAAAUCAAUCCUGGGAGAAGAGGAUGGAGGAGUCAGAGAAGAUAAAAGUCCAACUUGAGCACUGUAAAUCCUCACAGAGCAAUGAGCCGUUUUUUAGAGGUCAUCGCACUGACCACAGAGAGACUACAGACACAAGAGCACGGCUAGAGGACCAGCUGAGGGAGGAACUGGAGGAGCAUAUUAAAGAAGGGAAAGGGAGUGUGGAGGGAGUCCAGGAGAGGGUAGCGAGAAUCCAGCAGCUGAAAGACGCUCUCAGAGAAGAGACACUGAAGAGUGGGGCUUUUCCAGGACAGUUUCAACUCCGCCAGCAGUCUCAGUUGGAACACAACGAAGCACAGCAGCGGAGGAGGCAACUUAAGGAGGAUCAUGGGAGAUUAAUUCAGGAGGAGGUGGCGAUGAUGGAGAGAGACCUGGCACCGGAGCAGCUGUCGGCAGCGAGCCCUCAGAGAGAGCUGCUGGUGCUGAGCAGAGAGAGGCGGGUCCUGGUGCUGCAGACGGAAGCCCUGCGCGCUGAGGCGCGGCAGGCCGAGAGAGACCUGCAGGACCAGCAUCACAGACACCAAGCAGAGUUGCACUGUCUGAGGGAUGAGAGUCUGCAGGUGUUCAGGGCGUUUCGUCAGGUCUGUGAGGAGCAGAGGAAGACUUCAGAGAGCAGGUACACCAGUGUGCUGCUGGAAGCCGUGCAGGACGCCAUCUACUUGUCCGCACAGAACCAGCAGUUGCAAGCUGACAACAAACAGCUACGUAAAGCUCUGGAUACUCUAAAGGACACUCUGACUGUGCGAGGUGAUCCCAUGGCUGACCUGAUAAACCAGCAACAAUAACUGAAAUGUCCAAAAUUCAUGACAGUUACUGAGUAAAUAAAUGGUUUCAACAAUUUAUUGGUUAUUAACAUGAUGUAUAACAC